AUGCCUCUCGUCGUCCCAGGAAUCAACAACACCAUGCCCGGCGGGGACCAGGGCGACUGGUUGAACAAGCUUGCUGGGAAGAAGAUCACGACUGAGGCGGUUGGUGGUGUAGAUUCAUUCGCAAAACAAGACCUCCCGCAGUCGCACCGGAUCUGCAAGCCCGGCGAUGCGAUGACAAUGGAUUAUAGAUCGGACCGAUUAAACAUUCACGUUGAUGAGAACGGUACCGUGCGGGAUGUCAAUUAUGGUUAG